GUGUUUGACAGCUGCCAGUUGAGGGAAACCCGCUUCAUUCAAUGCCGAGGAGCGACGCGGGGCAGCGGGGGAUAGUUUUGGGGGAUUCUCUGGUCCUAAAGAGGGCUCCACCGACCGAAAACAUGUCCGGAGAGAAGACCACAGGCUCCUGUAAUAAAUUCCAGCCGAACAUCUUUAAUAAAAGCAAAUGUCAGAACUGCUUCAAGUCCCGGGAAGUUCAUCCGCUGAACGACAGCGACCUGGAGCAGGCCAAACCCAUCUACGCUGGCUGGCUGUGCUUGGCUCCUGUGGGGACAGAUUUUGACAAUCCAGUCCAGAGGUCCAGGAAAUGGCAGCGGCGCUUCUUUAUCCUGUAUGAAAACGGCAGCCUGACCUAUGCGCUGGAUGAACUGCUGAGCACUCUACCGCAGGGGACCGUGAACAUGAAUCUGUGCACAAACCUGACAGAUGCCGAGCCCAGGACGGGUCAGAGAAACGCCCUGUGCAUCGUCACCCCCGCGCAGGACAUAUUCAUCCGUGGCGAAAACAAAGAGAUCAUUAACAGCUGGAGUGAGCAGCUCACAGUUUACCUGAGGACCAAUAAGCAAAAUCAGAAGAAGAAGCGCAAAGUUGACCCAGUGGCCAAUCAGGACCCCAGUCCAGCCAAGAUGGCAGCCACCGGUCAGAGCUGUCCUGCCUCAGAGGGCGGAUCCUCAGACCCCCACCACUGGCAGGAGGAGCUGAACGCCACGGGACCAGAUGUGACCCCAACCUGGACCGUCAGCAGCGCAGAUCCCCCGGGCCCAGAGUGGACCCCUGCAGGCAACCCUCCCUGCCCCCCGUGCCAGGCCCCCAGGGGCUCUCUGACCUCGGAUGGCGCUGGACGCUGGCACAGCUCGGCCAGCGCCCCAGACCUAGCAGGUGCUGCCCGUUAUGACCAACCCGCCGAGUCGAUGCAGAACCAGAGACGGGACAGAAGCCGGGAUCCCUCGGCAGAGCAGCAGGAAUCGAACCGGGAGUCCACCGGAACAGAACAGAAAGGAGCAGCAGUCGCCUCCAGGCAGGGCAGAACCAAUGCUCGAACUCCCAGCAGAGAGAAAUUGCUGUCAGCAGGAGAUGGUAACACGCUUAAUGUUCCUGCUCCUCAGAGAAGAGCAAAGUCUCUGGAUCGCCGGACAUCAGACAUGGCCAUGACGCCAGAUUUAUUGAAUUUCAAGAAAGGCUGGAUGAUGAAGCUUGAUGAAGAUGAUGAGGAGUGGAAGAAAUACUGGUUUGUUCUGUCAAUGACCAGUUUGAGAUACUACAAGGACUCAUUAGCAGAGGAGUCUUCAAACCUUGAAGGAGAAAUCGACCUAACAAAGUGUUACAGCGUGUCCGAGUAUCGGGUCCAGAGAAACUACGGCUUUCAGAUCCACACUCAGAGGUCGGUCUACACGCUGUCUGCCAUGACUGCAGGAAUACGCAGGAACUGGAUCCAAGCCCUGAUGAAGAACGUGCAUCCAGCCAAGGCACCAGACGUAACCGACUUACCUGGCCGCCACAUUCCCUCCAGCCCGCCUGAGGUCAUCCCCAAGCCAGAUGUGACGCAGGACUCUGCAACCAACAACGUUCCUGCAAUUAAAGACCAUCCCCCCAAAUCCAGGAGCGUUCUGGAAAGACAGAACGAAGCUGAGAACCAGGCGACGGCAAACACAGACUACUCUCCAGAGCUGGGUGAUCUGGAGAGACGGAGGAGGAGGGAGGAGAGGAGGAAGAGGUACGAGAGCUUGUUGGGCUUCCCUCUGGGUAAAGGGGAGACCCAGAAAGCAGAAGACGGCGCCGUGAAGGCCCUGAGUCCAAAGUCCCAGAGGAAAAUGGAGGAGAAGAUAGCAGAGUGCUGGAGGCAGGUGGAGAGCUCCAGGCUGAGACCAGAGAGGACGGUUAUGCUGUCUGCUGAGGACAGGGAUACUCUGGAGGUGGAGAAGCAGCUGCAGGGCUGCAGGAAGGUGGUCGAUGAGCUGAAAUCCCAGCUGGCCGAUUCGGAGCGCCACAGACUCCAACUGGAAGCUCAGCUCAGAGCAGCCGGAUUGUGUCUGAAACAGCAGGACCCUUCGAUCUUAUCUGAAGCAGUCUUCCUCCCAGCAGAUCUACAUUUAAAGCCGCUAACAGACAUAAAUGGUUUGGAUCGAUUGUGUCAGAGGGAACCACAUGCUAAAUCACCUUCAUUAGGAUCAGACUGUGAUUCCCAACAGUUUUUGGUACCAGAAAAACCUGAAGGGAGAGACAUCCGCGAGAGCCCUGUUGCUACAGACCAGUCUGUAAUGAAGAGGCUUUCCCAAGAGGUUGAGCUGCUCACCAGUCAGAACCAGGCUCUCAACCAACGCAACCAGGAGAUGGUAAACCAGCUGACUGAGGCAGACCGUGAGAUCGAGAGGCUGAAGGUAGAGCUGGGCAGCCGAUACACGGAGCCCCAUCACCUUCCUGAGGUGGAACAACAGGAGAAGAUGAAGCUGGAAGACUUGGAGAGGCAGCUGAGUCUGAGGAACCAGGAGCUCCUGGAGGCUCAGAUGCUGAUCACCUCUUUGGAGGAAAACCUGAAGGAGACGGAGGCACUGCUGCAACUAAAAAAUACAGCAGAAACAAACAGAUUAGCAGAAGAAGAAAACAAACACAGGGCAGAAAAGGCAGAGCUGCUUCAGCGUCUGGAUGCUACAGAGGCCAAAGUGAUGGAGCUGCAGAGGCAGCUGGAAGAGUCGGAGCUGACCCGCAGGCAGCUGGAGAACCACAACAUGGAGCUGAAAGAAACAGGAGAACUUUAUCUGCAAAGAGCUUCAGAGGCCGAGGCAGACAUCAGGAGGCUGGCUGAGGAGAAAGCGGAAGAAGAAGAAGAAGACAGGAGCCGGAUUGUUCCUGCUGAAGAAAAGAUCCAGCAAGUGAUAGAAGGAGCAGUAAUGAGGCAGAAAGCUUUAAGGACACUACUGCAGCUUAUCGAAAGUUUUGACUUCAACGGAGAACCAGAGGAAGAGGAGGGGAGUGCCGGCAUGGUGAUGCAGCUGCGGUGGGAGGAAACAUUUUGGAGAUCUCUCCUGGAUAAACUGAGGGACGAUCGGCCUCAGCUGAAGAACCCGAUAGGAGAGCUUCUGUGUGAGGUGGUGGAAGGGUUGAUGUUGGAGGAUCAGAUGGUGCUGGAAGGCCUACAGCUGCUUCUUCAUCCGGAGGAGAUGAGAGGCAGGGAAGCAGGGACAUGUGAGAGCAAAGCUUUGGACGAUGGAAACUUUAUCUGGGAAAGUUCUGCACCUUCUGAAACCAGAACAGAGGAGGGAAGCUGUAGGUCUGGUUUUAAAGAUCUUCUGAAGAAUCUGGAGGCUGUUACACAGACCAAGAUCUCCUCACUACACCUCCUGGCCUCCUCCUCCUCCUCUGGAAGCAGCUCUGCUCUCGACAGACUGCUGCCGGCAGCUGAUAGACUCUAUGAUUUUUACUCAUCUCCCCAUCCUGCGUCAGUUUCUUUCAUUCACUCUGCAGCCACUCAAGCGUUCUGCUGCUGCCUUCUACGCAGGCUUCAGUCCAAAUACGAGAGGAGAAGAUGUUCCAGCUGUGUCAGCCUCACAGAGGAAAACGAAGAGCUGAAAACAAGACUGUCGAUCCUGGAGGAAGCGUCUGUCUCAGAUAGUCCCAGGAUGAGCACAGGCUGCCAGACUGAUGAAAGAUCCUCAACGUUUACAGACACAGAGCUACAGAGUUCAGGAGAGCGUGAUGUGGAGGAGACGUCUGACAUGGAGCUGACUGAGAGCGAAAUCCCUCUGACCGCACUGCAAACGGUCGCAGCAUCAGAAGAAAGAGAUGAGGAGGAAGCUGGCCGGCAGUCACAGCGGCUCUCUGAACUCAAGCUAAAAGUGGAAGAGCUGGAGGAACAGCUGCGUGUCUCAGGAGAGAAGCUGAGGGAGGAUUCUGAGGAGAAGAUGAGAAAUCUGCAGGAGCAGCAUGAGAGGGAGAUAGAAAAGCUGAAGGCCACAUGUGAGCGCGGUCUGGUCGCCAUGGAGGACUGUCAUGAGAGGGUGGUGGAGGAGCUGCAGCGUCUGCACCAGCAGGAGGUGGAGCGCCUCCUGCUGGAAAGGGAGAGACUGCUGGAGGAGGAGAGCUCAGCCACUGCCACCGCAAUAGAAGCGAUCAUGAACGCUCACCGUGAGGAGCUACAGAGAGAGAUCCAGAGAACCCAGGCGGAGAACUCUGAUGGAAACAUUCAGCUGGAGGAGAUCCACAGGCAGCACAGGUAGCUGCUCUCCUAAUUUAC